AUGGAUCGACAACGACAAUCAUCGGUGACACCAAAAACACCAAAUACUCAGCAAUCAACGAUUCAAAUGAACCAAAUUGCAUUAGAAAAUAUAGAACUUUCGUUGGAAACGAGAACAAUAUCGGCAUACACGAUUGAAUCACAAGUGCCUGAAAGUGGAGUAGGAAAUCCAACAGUAUUCAAAGAUGCUGACUACCGGAAACAAACGUUGAGGAAUGGAGAGCUUACAAAAACUUCGGUCUCAAGGCCGAUCAGAUGGCUUCAGAUUAGUUCUCGUCUGAACUACUGCGAACACGGAUGUCCAUUGAAGAAAAGGCUACUUUUGCAGUGCAAGCCGAAUGGAGAAAACUUGAAGUCGAACCUUCAAAACUAA